GAUUACCCCAAUAAAAGAGUGGACGUGCGUUAACAUUGUGGAAUAUUAUCGAAAGGAACACAUAAAACGAGAAUUGUCGAAAAUUCUGGACAGUGUGAAAAAAGAUCUUAUAAAGGUAGCUGAUGCUAACUCUGAUUUCGACAUGACGCGCAAAGUUAAAGCGCAAGAAAUUAUCGAUACUUGGGAGGGUGCUGGAACUCUUAUUGAGGUGUUGAACUCUUUGGGAGGAGCUGGAACUCUUAGUUUUACAGUGGUAACUUCGACUCAUAGUCGAGAUUGGAGUUCCCCGGUGAAAGAAAAAAAAAGCAAAUAUAAUUCAACACGAAUAAGCAGAAAGAUUAAUAUGAUACGUAAAAAGCAACAACUUAGUGCAAUCAAGAAUUCUGUAAUUCAAGUUGACAUAUUUCAAAAUCAGUUUAAUGAGGACAGCCGAAAAAGAUCCAUGGAAAGCCGAGAUAGUGAUGAUGAUCAGUCUGAUGAUGAAACGCUAAUUGUGAAGAAGAACAAAGCCUGUGAAGUCAGUUUGUUACCAUCCGUUGAAGAAAUUUCAAAGAUAACCUCUACACAAGAUUUAAUCGAUCGUUUAAGAAAAACAAACAUAGGUUUAACGGAUGAUGAUUUCAAGAUCCUCAACGUCCAUGGAAUAACAGGAAGAACUUUCCUUUUGCUAACAGAGGAAAAACUCGAAAGUCGCGGUGUGAAAUUGGGACCAGCAAUGAGCAUUGCUUAUUCGGUUAAUAAGAUUCGGGAGCAAAAAUUGAGUGUUAACAAACCUGGUGCCGAUGAAGUUGAAGAUGUGUCUGAUACACCUCCCCAAGCUAUUAUUAAAUCUACAUUCGAUCAAGAAAAAUUUCGAGAAGAAAUUGUUUCUGAAGUUCGUGCUGAAAUUUGUGCUUUAAUAAAAACAUUUAAAAAUGAUCUUAGAGAUCUAUUGGCUAACACACAAUCAUAA